AAGAAUUGUGUGCGCUCCAUUCAUCCGCCACCUGCCUCCUUCACAGUCGGCUUCGUACUCGUAUCUCACUCUUUAUCGCGGACCGUUCGUCUCAGCCUUGAAAAACACGGCGAUGAAGAUCCAAAAUCUCCGAUCUCCACUAAUCUGAGAACUGCUUUUUCUUUUACCUGGUAUUCUUCGCUUUUUUUGUUUGCCUUUUGCUUUAAUUCGUGCUUCUCAACGAGCUUCACAUGCUUGUUCUUCGGCUGUGUUAGUUUGUUACAUAUUCUCUUCCAGAUUUUCGCUCAAGAAUGUUAUUGAAAUCAUUUCUAAGGGAAGGUGGUAAGAUUUGAUGGAGAAUAGCGAAAUCCGGCGCUGGGAUGAGCUUCUCCCUGAUGCACUGGGGCUCAUAUUUAGGAAUCUGUCACUCCAAGAGAUACUGGUUGACAUCCCAAGGGUUUGCAAAUCAUGGAGAAAAACAGUGUUGGGGCCUUACUGCUGGCAGGAGAUAGACAUUAUGGAUUGGAGCUUACUUCGAGAUCCCGAUACUGUCAAUAGAAUGCUUCAAAUGUUGAUAACAAGAAACUCGGGUUCCCUCCACAAGCUCUGCGUUAGCGGUCUGCCUAAUGACUCUAGUUUGUCCCUGAUUGCAGAACAUGGCAAAGAUCUUCAUAAUUUACGGCUGCCAAGAAGCGAAAUAACCAAUUCCAUUGUAGAACAGGUUGCUGAUAGGUUUUCUGCUGUAACUUUUUUGGAUCUAAGCUUUUGUAAAACCAUCGGAGCACCGGCCCUUGAGGCAUUUGGGAAGCAUUGUCCAAACCUCACAGGGUUGAAGAGAGUUAUGUGCCCAUUUGAAGCCAUUGACAAGUCUUCUCAAGAUGAUGAGGCCCUUGCAGUUGCAUCAACAAUGCAUAAGCUCAAGCACCUCGAGAUCGCCUAUUUGCUUAUCAAUACUGAAUCAGUGCUGAAGAUCCUUGAGAAUUGCCCCGAGCUCGAAUAUUUAGAUGUGCUAGGGUGUUGGAACGUGGUACUAGACGAAAAGUUCAAGAAGUUCUCGAGAGUGAAGUUGGUUGGCCCGUUGGAAGAAUAUUCGGAAACAAACGGAUGGGAUGCUUGCUCAAAUUACUCAAGUUCUUCCGGAUACAUUUGGGAUUUUGUGGCUGGUGACUUAGAUGAUCAAUUUGAAAUGCUGGAGUUUUUUGGAGACGACUACAGAAGUGCAGAUGCAGAUGAUGUGGGUUUUUAUUAUGAUUAUGAUUAUGGGGUGGAGCAUGGUUACCCUGAUUGGCUUGGGGGGUCUCCUUGAACUUCAUUGACAAUUCAAUGUGAAAUCCAAAGAAAAUGGGUGCGGCUCUUCAUGACCUUUUACUUUACUUUAAGUUAACCAAAUAAUAGAACCCUUGAAAUUUGGUCAGCUUUAUGGUUGAUUGCUCUGUGUAUUGAUGCCUUCCUGAUGGAUUUUCUUUUUUUAAAUUUUAUCAUGAAAUAUGUUUAUAGUGUUUUUCUGCUAGUAACUUUGUUCAUUAGAUAAUUAAGGUGGCGUUUGUUGAAAUUA